UCCGAUGCCAACAAAGCAGCCGUUAGAACCGAUAUCGCAGCUGUCCGAGGAGAUCUCAUCGACGUGCCACUCGUCAUCGAAAAAUUCGAAAUCGGCAUGAACGUCGAGCCGGCGGCACGACGCAAUUACAUCGACUUCGUCGCACGUACGGCGCCCAAGGAUGACACGACAGUCAUCGUCUGGGACAACGGCCUCAGUGACUUCGACCUGAAUACUCACAGCUUUCGGGAAUCGACUGCCAUUUACCUUCUUCUCCACGUCAUGAACGGGAUGAUUAACAGUUUGGCCGACCCUGCCACCUACACAUCCGCUACGACGCAGUCUAGCACGGCAUUCGUCUUCCAAAAAGUUGGAGACGAGUUGGCUGACCAGAUACUGCCGUUCUUGCUGAACAGGAACACCAUCAACUACCUUCAAACCACGGACGGGAUUGCUCUGAGCUCGAACGAACACACAGUAGCGAACGACGACAUCAAUCUCACCUCGGCACUCGUGUCAAAAUGUGUUUCAAACGAUGCAGCGCCGGGGAGCAAAGAGAACCUGACUUUCACUUUCUCAGCCGGGCCUACGGUAGCUUUCGAGAGUAUGCAGUGAGAUGUCUCUACCUUCAACGCUACGACUUCAAAGGCAGUUCUGGGAGCUGAUAUAACUAUUCCGAUCACGUGGAGGGGAACUACAAGCUGGUAACCAUGAAGAUGUUGUGAAGGGAUGGAGUUCAUCUCGUCGAUGACUUAACUACGUAUUUUGGGACACUCGCAGAUGCUCGUAGAGUAAGCUGGGCAAAAUUAUGUGUGAUGUAUAAGAGGGUAUAGCUGCUAACAUUGAUU